AUGGCACUGAAAAAGGUAGCUUAUGGGGCCGUUUCCAAUAAUGAUGUUAGCUAUUCAAAUAAAACUAUCGAGGAUCUGAGGUCAGUUUUCAUUAUUGAGAAAUAUGAAAAACAACAAGAUCUAAUUAUGCAUUUAACUAGAUCUGUUGAAAUACUUACAAAGAAGGAAAAAGAACCAUGUCUAGUUGGCAUAAACAUUCCAGAGAAAUCUACGGAUGAUGAAUCUGCUACUGCCGAUAUGCUUUUAGCAGAAAACAUUGUAGUUGUCGCUGGCUUCAAGACUGAAUUUAUUAAGGAGGUUCGUCGUCAUGGAAGAAAGGGGACAGGGAGGCCACGAGUACUUAAAAUUCGUCUCGAAGAUAAACAAAUGGCCAUUUCUGUUUUGCGUAACAAAGAUGUGCGCUCGAUCGUGCUCUUCCCUCUGGAAGUUCCUCUGGAAGUUUUCCCUCUGGAAUUCCCUCUGGGAAAUUUUUUGCGAAAAGAUCUGACGAAAAGAGAAUUAUUGCUAGAUAAAUAG